AUGCAAGACACUGGCCAUAUUCUCUUCGACAAUCUGGGAUGCGGCACGAAGCGCCGCCAAAUGCUGGAUGAACAGAUCAAAACCGGCGAGCGGUCUUUCCGUGAUGUGUCUGAGGAGAUGUGGGGAUCUCUACGAGUCCCCUUUGAAGACGGGUUUGAGGUUAUGGAAAAGGAACUCGAGAUCGACACUGGAUUCCAGGGGUUUCACAAGUUCUGCAUUGCCAACGGCAUCGAUUUCAACGUGAUCAGCGCAGGACUGAAACCCAUCUUGCGCAGAGUGCUGGAGACGUUUUUGGGAGAGCAGGCAUCGUCAAUCCAGAUUGUUGCAAAUGACGCCGAUAUCAAAUCGGACGGUUCGGAAUGGAAACCGAUCUGGAGACAUGACACCGAGCUGGGUCAUGACAAGGCCCUUUCGGUCCAGGAAGGUCGCGCCGAGGCCGCCAAGUAUUGCAUUGAUGGCCAGAUUCCCCUGAUCGUUUUCAUUGGCGAUGGUGUGUCCGAUCUUCCUGCUGCCCGUGAAGCCGAUGUCCUCUUCGCGCGCAAGGGCCUUCGCCUCGAGGAGUAUUGCAAGGAAAACAACAUUUCGUACAUUCCUUUUGAGACGUUCACCGACAUCAAGCGGGAGAUGGAGUCGAUCAUGAAAGAAGACCAGGAAAAGACCAAAGGCCAGGGAACUCCAGCUCGGUUCAACCCACGUGCCAACAUGUGGAGAAGGGUUUCCAGCCAGCAAUCCGUUCCUCAGUUCAUCGCCGCCACUCCUUCGAAGGAAGAGAAGAUGUUUCUCUGGCCGGAAGACUUUACGGAGUACCGCCCCAGGGGAAUUCCGGAGGACGUUUACGCUUAA